CGCGCCCAGAGUUGUCACCUAUUUUACUGCGUAUUCCAGCCAAGCGGGCUGCGGGCUGGAGAUCUCGCGAGUUUGCUUUUUUCAUAAAGAAUCUUGAUUGCUCAGCCUUGGAAUGUGUAUCCAAAAUUAGCCAGAUAGUGGCUAUAUUGUUAUCAUUCAAAGGGCACUAAAAAUAGUAGCCCUAAAACUCAUAACGAGGAAAGUAUUUUGUUUACUCGCCGCAGUUUUGCGUAGGAUUUUGGUUUUUUUUGCUUGGCGUGAAUAGGGGAAGCCGAUGAUGAAGGCAGACAACUAUCGGCUGAUUGCCGAGGUGGCUAAACGACGUACUUUAUGGGACACCACCAUUGCCGUCUCGGAUCGUCGAGAUGAGCUUAUAAUCCAUUGGGCCAGCGUGGCGAAUAUCUUGAAACAGGAUGUUGUCACCUGCAAGAAGCGCUUCAAGGGAUUGAGGGAUAGCUAUCGGGCGGAAGUACGAAAGAUCCAACAGAAUCGGAUCAGUAUGUCUCAGUGGCCGUAUUUCCGCUCCCUUGAGUUCAUGCGCCACAUCUUUGACCCACAACAGCUAAUUCCAUUUCCGCCGGAGCCAUUCGAUUUCGAAACUGAACUCUCGGAUGAGUACACCGAUGUCAGGCUGCUCGAUGAGUUUACAAUUGACGUGGACGUGGACAACGACGAUUCUGUGGAUUUCGAAAUAAUGGAUGAUAUCUUCAAGAGGGAGUCCUCGGAGCACAGGGACUCCGGCUCAGAUCCUGGGUCACUCAUCAAGCCACUGAUCACUUACAGCCCCAUGACCAAAAAAUCUGAUUUAGAGCUUUCGCCUCGUUUGCGUUCUCCUUUGAACCUUCCCCCAAAGAAUUAUCCGCCUCUACGUCUACCGCCGCCAUCAAAGAGGAUUCGCCGCCGAAAGACUUCGUCAUCGUACGAUGGACCCACUGCCAAUGGUCACACAAACCAAACACCGACCACGACGCCCACCAGCACAGUUGAUUCAUCACUCAAAGACGAUGCGGAUUACAGUUUCUUAGUGAGCCUGCUGCCCCAUAUGAAGUCGCUGUCGAACUUGGGCAAUCUUAGGUUCCGUAUGGAAAUAAGUAGGAUACUAGUGGAUAUUAAAAAAGAGGAGACUCCGGCACAGCCGCCGCCGCCGCCGCAGCCGCAGCCGCAGCUUCCGCAACCAUCCAGAGAGUCAUUGGGAGGAGUUCGUAGGAGUGGUGGUGGUGGUGGUGGACUCCCACGGCUUACGCCCGCUCCGGACUCCAGUUAUGCAAAUCUGCUGGAGAAAUCGGCCCAAACGAUCUCCAAUUCCAGCUACCUGAAUGUCAGCAAUCACUCGAAUCUAGCCACUUCCGAUGCAUUUGUGGACAGUUCCAUGAUCGAGUGUGAUGUGAAGAUCGAGGAAGAGCAGCUGAUUUGAGGUUUCCAACAAUGCUUAAUCCAAAUUUAUAAUUACGAUUUUACUUUAUAUUAUUAUUCACGUAAAGUGAAAGCCCAAAACACAAAAACAAAAACAAAAUACAAACAUUUCAUUAUUGUAUCUCUAAAAAUUUUUACACCAAAACGAAUUAUGUUGCAAAAAUAUAUAAGUUUCAUGGGUUCAGACCUUAUAUUUGUACUUAUAAUACUUAGUACAUGGUAUUACAUUACCUAUUUUAAAAUUAUUAUCCAAAGCAAAGCCAAUAUAAAAUAGAGUUUAGGAAAAACAUCGAAAAUAGUGUUAAAAUUUAAGUCACGCCUUAUUCAAAUAUAAUUUCAUCAAAGUAUUCAUGAUGUAUUGAGUUUAACAGAAAAGAUAAGGAAAUAUUUUAUUGGAGCGUGCAUAAUAAAUACAUAUUUUUAUUGCGGCAAAUUUAA